CUUUGAAAAUUUGUCCAAAAAACCGCCCCCCAACCAACACAAGUCUUGCCCUCCUUCCAAAAGGGGAGCGAGCGAGUCAUCAUGACCUUCUCCGCGCUGCCGUCGCUGGAGGCGGUGACGGGACCCCAGCGGCGUUUGCCUGCUUUAAGUAGCUGCAGGUGCUCCGGCGGGAAAAGUCACCGGAGGUAUCGUUAGCGACGGAACUAGGUUUCGUGACCGGGCUCUCUUUCUCAUUGUUGGGCCCAACCGGUACCAAUCUCACAUUCUUAACCCUAAUAAAGUAAAAGUGAGGGCCAGUAACCAAUAUGUUUUACAUAAGAUUAGUUCCUGUUGCUAAUGUUUCCUCCGUAAUUAAUAUAAUAUUUAUUGCUAACAAAAACGGGAGUUUGUCUUUAUUAAAGAUGCGACUUUUAAUAAUGAAUGGGUAACUCACUCUGCGAGCGCCCUCGAAUCUUUUGAGCUACUGUGUGUUGGUUGGGUCCGGUUCCUUUCUACUUUGUUAUAGACUUCAUGGGUCCUCUUUGUGUUGCCUGUAGUCAACUUUCAGUUUUAUUACUAAUUUGCUAUCACUCAUUUAAAUUAGGAGGAAUUUUUUUUAAUAAACCCUUCCACAAAAAAUAAUCACCAAAAUCGACCCGCUUUUGAGAUAAUUUUCGAAACCGACCCAGUUUCAGCCACGUCAGCGCAAGACGCUGAAACUAGGUUGAUUUCGAAAAUAAAAGUUUACAAUAUGGCGGGCAACUACAACAACAAGAGAGGGAAGGUUACCAUCACCUACAAAUGCCAGGUGUGUAUGCGCAGAAGCCCUUUUUGUAUCUGUGUCAAAUAUGUAUGGAAUUUGAAAUGCUAAAUGCAAUGAAUACCUGCACGGUAAUCACUUCUGAGGUCAUGGACACAUGAACCUGGCAAAUACUAAAUCUUGUCACAAAAACUCAUUUGUCACAAAUACUAAAUGCAAUGGAUCAGAGUCUAUUGUCACUCAUCAAACCCAUCUGAAAAUUGCGAAAGAAACUCAUUUAUCACAAAAACCGCAUGCAAUUUUACGAAAAAGCAACAUCUCGCACAAAAAGCUUGAAUAGUAAGUAAAUAAUGUACAGGAUUCUAGGGGCUAAUUCAUGUUAUCUUCUCAACACUUAUCAUUUUUCACCAUUGCAAUCUUGAGUCACGAACCUUCUCUUGGCGUACAAUGUUUUAAAUCAAGUGCAUGAAUCUUUUCCCUCCGUCUGCAUGAAUCUUCCCCUAUGUACAAUGUUUUAAAUCAAAUGCAUGAAUUUUUUAUCUUCUUUUGCUGAUCUUACUGAAUCUCCAGUACAUGAACUUUCUUCCACACUGAAUUUUUAUUCCUCAAUUGCAAUAUUUUGUUUUAAAUAUUUUCCAAAUUUUGCAUUCCCUCCCUUCUUUUUAAACCCAAAUCAGACCUAAUGGUUUCAAUUCAAUUCUUCACUCCCAACAAGAAAAGAGGAAGGAGAAAAAAAAGACUUUGCUCAAUUAUCUAGUUUCUGCUCCAUUUUUUUUUUGUCCCAAUGGAAGCAAGAGCUGAAACUUCUAAUGCCGGUGGCUCCCAAAACCCACCGGUAAGGUCACCCCAUCACCGCCUUCAAAUGAGCAUGACUGUCCUGCCAGACGGCACUUGUGUCUAUCGUCACAUGGUCCCACCAGUCCCUGCUGCUGUCACCAGAGGCAGUGCUGGGGCCCUUCCCUUGAGGGUGUCACUGAUGAAGACGUGGGGGAGGCCGAGGAAGUCUGAGCUGUUUGAGUACGUGCCUGGUGGAGGCACCAGUUCGACCACAAGGGUGCCAUCGCCGUUGGCAACAAGGGGACCGAAGGGUAAUGCGUCUGUGGAUGAUGCUGUUCCUGUGGAGAUCGUGUCACCGCUGGCCGCUAUUGCUGCUAUGGGAUGUAAAGAGAAUGCUUUUACGCCCUAUACUAUCAAGGUCAAAGCUGGGCAGGAAAUUUCCUCCAUCUUAAGUUCAUUUUGCCAGAAGGGACACAUAUGUGUCCUUUCAGCAAAUGGUGUUGUAUCCCAGGUGGUGCUUCACCAGGGGCCAAGCUCAGGCGGAAAAACUUAUGAGGGCCGUUUUGAGAUACUAUCAAUCUCUGGCCUUCUGCCAAAGAGCGAUAGUUCAGACAGCGAAACUGGUGGGCUAACAGUUUUGCUAGCAGGAUCAAAUGGCAAGGUGUUUGGUGGUCGUCUGGCUGGCCUUCUCCUUGCCGCCUCACCCAUACAGAUGAUCAUUGGCAGUUUCGCCUCUGAUUGUCGUCAGGAGGCAUCAACAGGUGCAAAGAAGUUGAACCUAACAAGCCCUGGCAACCUUUCAUGCAACAAGCAAAAUGUGUCCAGAAUGCCUCAGGAGUAAAAGAAAUAAUAGGAAAAGCAUCUUUCAAUGCUAUUUGUAAAGGAGUACCAUUUAUAUAAUGCAUCAGACGGUAUGGUGGCUAACUACAAGAGAAGGAAGGUUAUUCAUCGCCAGCAUAUGCCAGAUGGCACCGGAGGCAGUGCUCAGGACCCUCCUUUGAGGGUGUCACUGAUGAAGAAACGGGGGAGGCC